AUGACUCCAGACUCGACUCCAGACUCGACUCCAGACUCGACUCCAGACUCGACUCCAGACUCGACUCCAGACUCGACUCCAGACUCGACUGUGAACGGGACUCUGGUCACACACUCCAACCACAUCGAGGUCGUCAAACUCAUCAAGUCCGGUUCUUAUGUGGCCCUGACGGUUCUGGGACGGCCCCCGGGUCUUUCCCAGGUCCCCCUGGAGGACGACCUGUCGCCCCUGUCGCCCCUGUCGCCCCUGUCGCCCCUGUCGCCCCUGUCGCCCGUCACCGCCCCGCACUCCCCCGUCCUGUCAGGAGGGGGCAGCACCAGCCCGGCUCUGUCCCUCAGCCCCCUGACCUCCUGCCCCCCGGACGAGCCGCAGUUCCAGAGCGACAACAGAAGCGUCCAAUCAGAUCCACCGGUGAGGACGGACCAACACCCGGACACACAGGCAACAGAGGGCGUGGACGGCGGCGGGCUGAGCGUGGACAUGUCUCCGUCCUCGCGCAGAGACGGCGGGUUCCAGAGUCCGGUCCAGAUCAGCGGAGACACGUCCUGUCCCCCCCCAGAGGACCUCCACCCUGAGGACCCCACGCUGGGGACAGAGGACACAGUCGAGGCCCUGGGACAGGCGUCUCCCUCGACCCCGUCCACCCUCCACCCUCACAUCAUCGGGGCGGAGGACGACGACUUCGAGCCCGGGCAGAUGAACGGACAGUGCAGCAGCUUCCAGAGCCUGGACCAGCUGAAGACUCGACCCGCUCACCUGGCCGUGUUCCUCCAUCACGUCGUCUCGCAGUUCGACCCGGCUCCUCUGUUGUGUUUCCUGUACGCCGACCUGCACAGACUCACCAGCCAAGAGAGCCGACGAUUCUUCAUGGACUUUUACUCCCUCUUCCUGGACCGAGCCGCUAAUCUGAAAGUUCCGGUUCCGGAGACUUUGGCGUCUGAACUCGAGAGGAGGCGUGUGGAGCUUCUCCCUGAGGAUCUGUGUAAAACCUUCACUCAGAGCGUCCAGGCGUCUCUGCAGCCGGACCUGCUCAGACUCCUCCAGGACUUCAGGCACAAACGCAGCAUGGGCCUGACCCUCGCUGAAGACGAGCUCUCCAAACUGGACCAGGACCAGACCCGAGACCAAACCACGGACCAGAGCAGAGACCAGACCGUGGACCAGACCCCGGAGCAGAGCAGAGAGCAGCAGGUCCUGGAGAGGGAGUGUGUCUGCGCCGAGGGAAUCCUCUCCAAGAUCGAUGAUGUUUUGAUGGCGUCUCAGGCGUCAGAGGAGGACAAGUGUUCCACCACACAGUACGUGAUCCAGACCUACAUGAAGCACCUGGGGGUCAAAGUGAAGGAGACGCGAGGACUCGAGCCGAAGAGGGCAAGGAUCAACUUCCUCCCAAAGAUCCCCGCAAAGAAGAAAACCGUCAAAGCGGAGAAGGAGGGAGAGGAGAAGGUGAAGAAGCGCUUCCCCAUCAUCCUGCCGACACCUCGACGCCUCAGCCGGGUGGAGUCUACCUCAGGUCUGACUGUCACGGUGCCGCUUCUCAUAUGUGAUGCCGCUCUGGGGGUGUUCUGCAUGGAAGGCCGUGGAGCUGAGCAAGCAGAGGUCCCCAAAGCUCCUCCCUCAGCCGGAGCAGGCGGACCCGUCCAGCCCCGUGACCCCAGCCUCACCCAGCGGGACCCCGCCCUCUCACACCUCUGCACCCGGGCACACACCUGGGCACACACCCUGGAACACACCUGGGAACACACACCCGGACACACACCGGACCCCAGCGGGCAUGACUCCGACUGCAAUGUUUCCUCUCUGUCCCCGGGCCCCCGACUGUGUGAGGGGCCCCCGUGUGCAGAGACCCCGUCCGGCCCCGGUUCUGGACCCGGUUCACUCUUCGACUUCAGCCCUGCCGGCGUGGAGCUCCAGGACGACGACCAGGACUCACUCAGUCGCCGCGUGGAGCCUCAGAGCGCAGGUGCCGCCGAGCUCCUGAGCGAGGACGACCAGGGGGCGGCGGUGGAGCUGGAGGAGGGCGCCCCCACCUGGCAGAGCGGCGUCAGCAGAGACGUGCUCUCCACGCUCACGCCGCGAGAGAUCGAGAGGCAGGAAGUCAUCAACGAGCUGCUACACACAGAAAGGGCUCACGUGCGGAAGCUGAAGGUCCUGGACUCAGUUUUCUACCAGAGGCUGAGCAGAGACUCCAUCCUCCCGGAACAGGACCUCAAGAACAUCUUCAGCAACCUGCAGGAGAUCAUCCAGCUGCACGGCGUCCUGUCGGAGCACAUGGUCGCUGUGAGGAGGAGGAGUGAGGGGCCUGUGGUCGGGGCCAUAGGAGAGGACCUGCUCACAUGGUUCAGUGGGUCGGAGGAGCAGAGGAUUAAACAGGCUGUGGCUCUGUUUUGUUCUAAUCUGCCGUCGGCGCUCGAGUUCAUCAGGACCAGGCAGAAGAAAGACCAGAGGUUUGCCAGCUUCAUGCAGGAGGCGGAGAGUAACCGUCUGUGCCGGCGGCUGCAGCUCAAAGACCUGAUCCCCGUGGAGGUUCAGAGGCUCACCAAGUACCCGCUCCUGCUGGACAACAUCGCCAAGUACACGGAUGAGGCGGAGGAGCGUCGCAGAGUGAAGCGAGCUGCAGAUUCCUGCAAGAAAAUCCUCAACCACAUCAACCAGUCAGUGAAAGAGGCCGAGAACAGACAGAGGUUGUGCGAGUACCAGAGGAGACUGGACGUGUCGUCUCUGAAGCCAAAUGAGAAUCCUGUGGUCCUGGAGGUCAAGAAUCUGGAUUUGACCAAGAAGAAACUCGUCCACGAAGGACCAGUGUCCUGGAAACUCACCAAAGACAAAACCAUCGACGUGUUCACGCUGCUCCUGGAGGACGUCCUGGUUCUUCUGCAGCGUCAGGACGAGCGUCUGGUCCUGAAGCUCCACGGGAAGAACCUGCCCAGCGCCGCGGACCCCAAGCAGGUCUUCAGCCCCGUGAUCCGCCUGAGCACGGUGCUGGUGCGUCCGGUCGCCACGGAUCAUCGCUCGUUCUUCGUUCUCUCCAUGUCCGACAACGUGGCUCAGAUCUACGAGCUCACGGCACCGACCACCUCAGACCAGCGCACGUGGCAGCGUCUGAUCACUCAGUGCGCAGACUCCAUGAAGGCUCGACUCCACAACCGAGACCGAGACCGAGACCGAGACCGAGACCGAGCCGAGGUCUCCCCGUCUGACGUUUCGGCUCAUGACAUCAUCAGGAACGGACUGGACCAGGCCAAAGACUCGAGUGUGACGAGCGAGGACCACGCCUCAGACCUUCCCUGUGCCGAGAGCUCGAGUCCUUCAGCUGCUGUGAGGAGUCUGGAGGAGCAGGAGCAGCCGGAGGAGCAGGAGGUGGACGAGGCCGAGCUGGAGGCCUUCCUGGACGGGCAGUUGGCCGAGCGACUGGACCAGGAGGAGCAGGAGGAGCAGGAGGAGCAGGAGAGCCCGGUCAGGACCAUCUCACAUGACCUGAGCCUGAGCACGUCAAAGGCUGAAGAGGCUCUGCGCACGUUAUCUGUGCUGAAGCAGCUGUUGUUGAACCACAUGAUCAGAACCACUGAAGACGACAAACACGAACCUGUGGACAACAACCACACAGACGACCCACCUGCAGGGGGCCCCGGGGGGCGCUCUCCCGCGGGGGGCCCCGGGGGGCGCUCUCCCGCGGGGCCCUUCCAAACGGACACAUCGGACGACCUCCAGAGGAAUAACUCUCCUCCAGGGCCCCGCACAGAGGACGGGCCCUCAGGGGCCCAGAGCCCAGAGGAGCCUCCAGGACUCUGGGACCAGAGCCCCGAGUCUGUGGAGAGAGAAACACCCGAGCAGAGCCACCACAACGGCUUCGUGGUUCUGGACCUGUGUGACGGACUGGAGGACGUCUCUGAGGACGACGUGGGCAUCGACAUGAGUAAACUGUUGUCCUCGUCCUCGCAGACGGGCGGCGCCGGACCCAACCUCAGCAGACAAGUCAUGACCCACCUGCGGCUGCUGCAGGCCGACCUGCACUACCUGAAGGAGGUGGAGCAGAAGUACAGGCAGCUGCAGCACAACCUCAGUGACACCACAGACUCUGAGGACUACACAGACUCGGUGAUUUGAGCGCCCCCGCCUGGACACUGCAGAGUCAAACACUGGACACACACACACACACACACAGACCAGCAGGGGGCGCCGCGUCGGGCCUGAGCACCACUCCACCAUUCCACUGUUUUUACUCAAACCUGCUCACAGGAAAAGUGCGACUCCGAGGUGGAUCUUCUGAAGUCGGAGUCGUGGAGCGUCGAUCAAACUGCGGCGCUCGUCCUUUUUUUUUUUUUUUUUUCACAUUCCAGGAUUUAAACACAUUCCCGUCGUCACUUCUGUGGAUAAGAACACGGCCUGGAGACUGCACGAAGAGGAACUGAACACACUCUGUAAACAGCGAGGAAAUAUGAGUUCAUGUAGAGCAGAACAUAUAUACAGUUUAUAUAUAUAUAUAUAUAUAUUAAAAAAAAACAACCUGUAGAUGUGUUUUAUUGUUUUAUGAUGCGUUUGCUUUUAACACUUUGAAUCCUGAACUUUUCUCACGUAUUGGAGUUAAAAUCUGAAGUUUUAGUUUGAUCCCUGCUGACGGACGCGCACACAGAGCUCAUUAAAAACACAAAUGAACAUAAAGACA